CCUUUCAAAUUUAAAAUAUACAUUGAAGUGUUGAAGGUUAGGGCUUUUGCUGCAGAGAGAUACAUAUUGGGUGUAAAAUCGAAGUCGAUCCAUAAUCGGAAAUGGCCACGGAGUCAUCGGAGGGAGAAGAAGAAGGAAAGCUGAUCGGAGGGAACCAGCACCUGGUUGUCGAUGACGACCUCCGUGAAAUGGCCAAGAAGGCCGCCUGGAGCGUCAGCUCUUGCAAGCCCGGCAAUGGCGUCCUUUCCCUCCGCGAUGACAACCUCGACACCUACUGGCAAUCUGAUGGUGCCCAGCCUCAUCUUGUAAAUAUUCAGUUUCAGAAGAAAGUUAAGCUCCAACUAGUUGUGCUAUAUGUUGAUUUCAAGCUUGAUGAGAGCUACACGCCUAGUAAGAUCUCUAUUCGCGCCGGCGAUGGCUUCCACAAUUUGAAGGAGAUAAAAACUGUGGAACUUGUCAAGCCGACUGGUUGGGUAUAUAUAUCGUUAUCUGGGAAUGAUCCUCGGGAAACUUUUGUCAACACUUUCAUGUUGCAAGUUGCCGUGCUGUCGAAUCAUCUUAAUGGGAGGGAUACCCACGUUCGCCAGAUAAAAGUUUAUGGGCCUCGACCGAACCCUAUUCCGCACCAACCAUUUCAAUUCACUUCGAGGGAGUUUAUUACUUACUCUACAGUAAGAUGAGGAAUUUGUGACCUUGUGUGCUUAAACUCAGGUCAUUUGUAAAGCUGGUGAAAAAUUCCUUCAGUGUUGAUUAUUGUUGCUUUUGAUCGGAGAAGAGCUAGGUACAAACUAUACCCUGACCAUGACACUACCUGAGUGGGUGUUAAUAUGGUGACUAUGGUAUGAGCAAUUAAGUUCUGUAAUUGGGGGUUUGUGGCUUUCUAGGGAUAUAUUUUCACAGACAAUGCUAUUUAGAACGAAAAUUCAAACCGAGAACAUGUCCAAUGUAUCUAUGGGAUUCCCUCGGGUGGCAUUCUCGUAUAGACUGUUAGGUUUGAGAAUCAUUAUCCUUUUCCAACUUAUUUAUUUGUUUAGUGUUUUAAUAGCGAACGCACCAGUGCUACAAAA